UUUAUUAUGAAUUAUGAAUUAUAAAUUAUGAAUGUUCCGAUGCUGUUUCUUUGAACUCUCUGAAAAAUUCCUCUGACAUAACAUUCUCCGAUCUUCGUUUUCGUUCUCUGCAAUGCAUUUUUCAUACACCGGAAAGUAAGGAUGAUAUUAAUAACAAUAAAGAGUGAGGGUGAUCUUUAUUCAAAGGACUAUCCUUAUUUGGGAAGCUUCACUACUUGUGUAAAAUGGAGGUGAAAUCAUUUUGAGUGGUGGUGGUUUUCGGUUGUGUUGCUGAUGGACCGGAGGAGUUGGUUGUGGCGGAGGAAGUCGUCGGAGAAAAGUCCAGGCGAAACGGAGAGUUCAGGAUCAGUAUCGUCUCUCUCAGAAAGAUUUUCUGAUGAUCAGGUGUAUCCAAGCCAAGCUACUCUAUCACCGGAGGUCACAUCGAAGGUUGCACCAAAUGAAGAAGUUAGUACACCGAAGAAAUAUAAAGAAGGAGUUAUUGACAUGAAGACUCUUACAAACGAAUUAGCCGCAGCUCUGCUAGAUAUUAGUGCCAAAGAAGACUUGGUAAAGCAGCAUUCUAAAGUCGCUGAAGAAGCGGUUGAAGGCUGGGAGAAGGCUGAAAAUGAAGUGUCGUCUUUAAAACAACAACUUGAUGCUGCGAGGCAUAAGAACUCGGGUCUGGAAGACCGAGUUAGUCACCUUGAUGGAGCACUCAAAGAAUGUAUGAGGCAGCUUCGCCAAGCUAGAGAAGUGCAAGAGGAAAAGAUCCAUGAAACUGUUGCGAAUAACUCUCAUGACUUGGACUCUAGAAGAUUCGAACUCGAGAGGAAAGUUGCUGAACUUGAGGCUCAACUUCAAACAUCAAAAACAGAUGCUGCUGCAUCUAUUCGUUCCGAUCUUCACAGGAGACUCGAGGCUAUGGAGAAGGAGAAUUUGAGUCUUCAGCUUGAGCUACAAUCUCGACUUGAGGAACUAGAAUUCAGGAUUGCAGAGAGAGAUUUGAGUGCCCAAGCUGCCGAAACAGCUAGUAAGCAGCAUUUGGAGAGCAUCAAGAAGGUUGCUAAGCUUGAAGCCGAGUGCCGUAGACUGAGAGCCAUGACUCGUAAAACAUUUAACGUGAAUGACAGCAGGUCUUGGACUGCGUCUUCCGUUUAUAUCGAGUCUUUCACAGAUAGUGUGUCAGAUGGCGGAGAGAUGAAUGAAUAUGAACCGAGCUGUUCUGACUCGUGUUCAUCUGCUUUGAUUAAUGAGCUUGAUCAAUUCAAGAAUAAAAAGACUACCGGAAAAAAUCAUAUCGCGACUUCAACUGGGAUAAAUCUCAUGGAUGAUUUCCUUGAGAUGGAAAGGCUUGCUGCGUUGCCUGAUACAGAAAGCGGAAGCCAUUAUGCUAAGGAAGGACUAGGAUCAGAUCAAUCUAUUGUUGGUCAGGGUACAAUAGAAGCCGAAGUGGAAGCUAUGACACAAAAGAAUGCCGAGUUGGAAAAGAAGCUGGAGAAAAUGGAGGCAGAUAAACUCGAGGUAGAGAUGAGUUUAGCCGAGUGCCAAAUGCAGCUCGAGACAUCAGAGAGUCGGAUAAGGGCGGCAGAGUUAAAGGUAGAAGAGCUUCAAACUCAGUUAGCUCUAGCGAACAAGUCUAAUCAAGAAGCAUAUGAAGAACUCAAAGAAACCAAGACCAAGAAGGAGAUAGUUGAGUCAAAACUCAAACUUGCUCAAACCGAGGUAAAAGAACUGAUUUCAAAAGUCCAUUCGUUGGAGGAAGAGAUUCAGAACGAGCGAGCUUUGUCUGCUGAGAAUUCGAUCAAGAGCAGGAAGUUGGAAGACGAGCUUUCAAAAAUGAAGCACGAAGCUCAAGUUCAUCAAGACGCCAAGAAUUUGCACAAGGAAAAUGUUAAUCGCAAUUUGAAGUCAAAACAGGAUAAAGAACUUGCAUUGGCCACUAGUAAGUUUCUUGAGUGUCAAAAAACCAUUGCAUCUCUCGGAAAGCAGUUAAACUCGCUUGCAACCUUGGAGGAUUUUCUACUCGAUUCAGACAACAAACCUAUGGAGUUAACUUCUGAAGUUAUUAUUACACAAGUUCCUCAAAAUGGAGUUGAACAAUUGAAACUAAAUCACAGUGAUUUGAGUUUGUCUAAAAGAGAUUCAUUAAACUCAUCUAUUACUACUAAUGAGAAAAGCCGUAAUGGUUUCGGUAAGUUGAUACCAAGAAGCAAAAGUGUGAGCAAGAUUCGUUGAAAAUUUGUGUGAAAAGAAGGUGGAGAAAAGAUGAUAAGGCUGAGUUGUAAAUUUUGGUUUUGUUCAUUCUUAUCAGCUUUGGAUUUAAAGUGUAUGAAUUGAAUCCAAAGUUAUGUAUCUUCAUAAAUAGCAAUGUUUGAACUUUGAGGAAUAUUGAAAUGGUUACAAAACAAAAGUAUACAUAAAAAGUCCAAAUUCUAAAA